GCUGCCUCGCCUUUGGCGUAGGAGUUGCUUCCGGGUUGCGCGCCCGGAAGCAGGAAGUUGUCGGCCUAUACUCCACGCCCGGCAGUUUAGUGUCCCCGAGGCGGGAGGAGCCCGAGGGGGCGCGGGCCCCGCAUGUAUAAGCCACUGUUAAGAGUCAAGCUCGCUCAUCGGAACUUCCCUCUGUGGCAAAGCUCAUUUCUGCCAGAGUUGGACCUUCUUUCUGGAGGAAUCAUUGUAGUCGAUCACUUUCCAGUUUUCAGCCACUCAUUUGUGAUAAUCAAGGGACACGGUGUUGUGGUUUCGGAACUGCCUGCUCAGAAUAGGAACAUACUUGGGAUUUUGUAUUAGAAGACAUGGAUCUUGCUGCUAAUGAGCUCAGCAUUUAUGACAAACUUUCAGAGACUGUUGAUUUGGUAAGACAGACGGGCCAUCAGUGUGGCAUGUCAGAGAAAGCAAUUGAAAAAUUUAUCAGACAGCUACUGGAAAAGAAUGAACCUCAGAGGGGGCCACCCCAGUAUCCCCUCCUUCUAGCUGUGUACAAGGUCGUCGUAACCCUGGGAUUAAUCUUGCUCACUGCCUACUUUGUGAUUCAACCUUUCAGCCCAUUACCACCUGAACCAGUGCUUUCUGGAGCUCAUACCUGGCGCUCACUCAUCCAUCACAUCCGGCUGAUGUCUUUGCCCAUUACCAAGAAGUAUAUGCCAGAAAAUAAGGGAGUUCCUCUGCAUGGGGGUGAUGCAGACCGACCCUUUCCAGACUUUGACCCCUGGUGGACCAAUGAGUGUGAGCAGAAUGAGUCGGACCCCAUCCCUGCCAACUGCACCGGCUGUGCCCAGAAAUUACCCCUCAAGGUGAUGCUCCUGGAAGACACCCCAAGGAAAUUUGAGAGACUCCAUCCUCUGGUGAUCAAGACCGGACAACCCCUGUCAUCUGAGGGGCUUCAGCGCUUUUUGUGCCAGUACCCUGAGGUUGCAGAAGGCUUCACCGAAGGGUUUUUCACCAAGUGGUGGCGCUGCUUUCCUGAACGGUGGUUCCCGUUUCCUUACCCAUGGAGAAGACCUCUGAACAGAUCACACCUUUUACGUGAGCUUUUUCCUGUGUUCACCUACCUGCCGUUUCCAAAAGAAGCCUCCUUGAAAAAGUGCUUCUUUCUUCAACCAGAACCUAUUGUGGGGAGUAAGAUGCAUAGGAUGCAUGACCUGUUUACCAUUGGCAGCGGCGAGGCCAUGUUGCAACUCAUCCCUCCCUUCCAGUGCCGAAGACAUUGCCAGUCCAUGGCGAUGCCACUAGAGCCAGGGGAUAUUGGCUAUGCUGGCGCCACCCACUGGAAGGUCUACAUUAUAGCCAGAGGGGUCCAGCCUUUGGUCAUUUGUGAUGGAACCACCCUCUCAGAACUGUAGGAAACAGAACUAAAGGAACAGGUUUGAGAGCUGAAGACCGGAUCGAAAGGGGGAAAAUAAAAACAAAAAACGAUGAAACCACUUUCCAGGGGUUGGUUGCCUGCCCUGUGCAUGCGUGUGUGAGCCAGUUGUGUGCUGGAAGCAAAGGCCAGAGCCCAGCCCUCCCAACUCUUCCAGCCCAGUUGCUUGGCCAGGACCUUGCCAAUACCCAUCUGUGAGAGACUGGCCUCUUCCAGGCCUUUUGGCACCAAAGCCUUGAGGCUGCCCUUCAGGCAGGGAGCACGGUUGAUACCUUCCCUCACUUGCAUGACAUGAUCCCCUCUGCUGGCUCCCUGGCCACGAGAGGGCAGUCACCAGGUCCUGACUUUAGAGCCAUCCUCUACCAGGUGGGCCUGCCUGUCCUCUCUUCCUGGUCACACCACCCUGUACUUUUUUUGGAAAGCCAUGGAUGAUUAAAGAAGUCAUUGCAGUUUCCCAAGCAGAAUGGAAUCUAGAACCAGUGAAAAAGGAUCAAAUAACCUCAAACUGCACUCAAGAAGUGCACUUCUUUCCCAGUGUCCAUGGCUCUUGGAGUAUCAGCGAUGCCAGGUCGGAGUCUGAUUGUAAUUGAAAUGGUAAUUCCUAAGGUAGUUCUUGUCUCCAUUCUAUCAGUUCUUAUGCCUCUCCCCUCCCUCCCCUUCUCCCUUGCCUAUCUGGAUGGCUUCUCAGAAGUUGGGCUCCUGGUCUCCCUCCCUUGGAUGGGCCAGCGCCCUCUACUGCUGAGGCAGCACUGCUCUUGUCAACUAUGUUGCUUUUACCAACUGUCUUCGGAGGGGGAGAGGGUGCCUCCCCGGGUUUGAUCUUUAGGGUCCAACUUUCUGUAGGAAAGAUGUUUUACAGACGUGUCAAGCUGAUGUUGUAAUGUGGUUGGGGAAGGAACUCCAGACCCAGAGUCUUGGCCAGCUGGGCGUACGACUGUGUGACCCUCUGUCUUGAAAUGAUUUCUCUCUCUGUACUGGGAGCCAAGGUGAGGUGUUUUUAUUUUUUGUGAAAUUAUAAAAUCAUGUUCUUUUUUUUUUUUUU